UACAUGCCAGAGGUCUGCAUCAAAGUCACCAUCAUCAACUUCACCGUCACCGUGUCUGGGCUAGAAGAUCAGCUCCUCAGUGAUGUCGUGAGGCUGGAGAGACCGGAUCUGGAGGAGCAGAGAAACGAACUGAUCGUGAGAAUCAACGAGGAUAAGAAUCAGCUGAAGGGAAUCGAGGAUAAGAUUCUGCAUCUCCUCUUCAACUCCAAGGGAAACAUUCUCGACGACGUGGAACUCAUCAACACGCUGAACGACUCGAAG